GUUAAGAAGUUCAUUUGUCCUUUCUGCAUUUGGUCACUAAGUCAAUCGCCAUAAAUCAGAUUUGAGCCUCUCGGGCUUCUUGUUUCAACUCAGAAAAAGCAUGGCUCUUGUAGGACAAAACGUGCAGGACGCCUUCGCCGUCCUGGCGAACGAGGCGGCAAUCGACCGCCCCGACCAGCACAAGUGCCGUUUUGUGAAAGGAGUCUGCCAGGCUCGCAUGGGCCUCCUCCUCAUUGGAGUCACUGACUCCGACACUCUUGCCAUUGAAAAGCUCAGAGUGGCCGGGUAACUUCCUUUCCUCAUUUUACACAUUUCUGCGUCGCAAUUCCCUUAGUCAUCCUCUCAACAUCCUAGAUUUCAUAGAGCAGUAGCUUCUCUUGUCACUCAUCGCGGCGCGCGUUACUCAGUUCAUUCAUUUACUCUUCCAGGUGCUUGCACGAAGCAAAGAUGCAUAAGGGCAAAGUUCUCGAGACCGUCACCCGUCACGCCGUUAUCACUCUGUUGCUCGACGGGUACGUCGCCGCCGUCCCGGCCGAUGCCGAGAAUCAAGUUUUGGCUGUCCCGGAGAAUAUCCCCGACGACGUUGUUCACCGCGCGGGUCUCCUCGGUACCAACGUUAUGCACCUGUUCACUACUGAGACCGUGAGAAAAGCCUCUGAUGAUAAUCUGAAAGAGGCAGCUGAGGACACCUACUCCCGCAAGAUGGUGCGACUUGCAGGAGCUGGAGUUGUCGGCGGUCGUACCUACGGUGAGCGCGUCGAGGAUUUUUUCUCUCUCGGCGGCUUUCAGGACGCGAUGGAAUUCUGUCUCGAACGGUAGGCCGUACAUGGUUUGUUGAAAACUUGUUAUCUCUCUGUUACUAAGCUUUAUUCGGCGUUCAGCUUUUCUGAAGAACUAACUUCCGUUCUACUCAUUUCAAUUACACUCAUUCACAGUCUGGAAAAUCGUGAAACCAACAAGAGGAUGGUGGCGCAGGCUGAUGAUUUGAAGGCCAAGCUGGAAAAGGCCAACUCGUCUAACCGAAGCUCACCGUACUCGAAGUCGUCGAGCGUGAGCUCUACACCACAGAAGCCGCGAUACUGCUUCGCGUGGCUGAAGCUGGAAAGACCUCGUCCGGCCAAGUGCACCAACGAGGCGUGCCGCUUUCUGCAUGCGGUGCCACCUCGCUCCGAAUGUGAAGAAAUCAAGAAGUAAUCGAAGGGCUUAUCCCAGUGGGACCUUGUGGCCGAAUUCGGCAAUUAACUUCCUUUCACGUAUUAGACGUUUAGUGCUAAGCAAAAACUUUCUUUUUCUCGUGACUGUCAACAAUCAGCCACAUGCUACAUCUCGAUCUUUCCUCUUCAUUACCAAGAAUGUGAAAUUGUUAGUUUGAACUCAAGUUAGAACCAUCAUCAGCUCAUGUCAGUGUCUGCAAUUUGUUUUCGAUUUAAUCAUUCAAAAGUAAUCAGAUAUUUUAACUCACUCAACGACAAACUGGCUGCCAACUAGCUACUUAGAAUUAGCUCACAUCAUUCGAAGCGAAGUCAUGAAUUGUUGUUAAUUAUAUAUCAAGCAACCACUGCACUUCAACCACGUCGUUGCUUUUGUUCGACUAGUCUUCUCGUACUCAUGCACGCCUCGCAGUUCCAAGAAUCAGCAUAGGUGACAGUAAGAACAUGAGUUGGAGCAUGGGCGCAUUGUCAAGUCCCACUGGGCCGUCCUCUCCACAAUUGAGCAUGUCAAUUAGCUCUCCAGUACGUACUGCGUCUUUUAAGAAAUUACACAUGCAAACGAUUAACCACGUGGGG